AUGGACAGUGACUUCAGCUACUCGCAAAAUACCCAGACGCAGACCCAGCCGCAGACCCAAGGUACACAGCAGCAUAGCCAGCUGGACAGCUCAGCCGGGUUUCCGUCGCACCUGUGGGGCAAGCUGUUCCCGACUUCGUCGUCCCCGUCUGGCGCGACCUUGUCCCCCAACGGAGCCCACCAGAUCAACCACCACUCUUUAGGGCGCGUAGACGUCGUCGAACUUCCAUGGUCGAAACUCGAGCUCACCGUAGGGCGCGGUCCCAGCUGUGGACUGAGACUGACCCAUGGCAAAGUGUCGACCAAGCACGCCAAGCUGUGGUAUGACGUCGAGGACAACAACGUCAAACUCAUGGACACGAGUACAAACGGUACUUUUGUCAGGGAUCGCAGGGCAAGUCACUCUUUCUACUGAGCUCUCCUUCGCUGCCGCCUGAGCAGCGUCUCGGUGCUUUGUCCAAGCCACGAGCUCGCGUCAUGAGCGCCCGGUAGUCUGUGCUGCCACAGUUCGAUACCGCGAGGGCCGGGCGUGCCCCACAUAUCACCAUUCGGAAGGAACAUCCGAGGUGGCUCAUGCUGGCUCACUCUGGCCAAGGCUGCGAUAGUCGACCGGUCGGUCCAUUGUGGCUCCGUUAGGAGUCCAACACCGAACGGAGAUCGCUCGUCAAAGCCGCCAGAGCUUUUCCGGUUUUUGGCCGCAUUUAAGCGGUCGUCAGCGCGCAGAAACUGACGUUCUUGCUCUUCAUCACCUUAUGAUCGCUUGACACAGGUUGGCAAAGACAGCGUGACCGUGAUCGAAAAUGGGGACAUCAUCGUCUUUGGUCCGGCAAACCCGGAUUUUGUCGACGAGUAUCGCUUCAUGUUUCGCGGCCCGAUUCAGCCCGGUCACGUCCACCGCAGCGAUAAACCCUGGCCGGUCGAUGAGAGCAAGGAACCCAAUAUAUACCGGUCCUACGAGAUCCGCGAACAGCUGGGCAAGGGUAGCUUUGCGAUCGUUUGGAAAGGAGUUCAGCGCGCUACGGGCAGAACGGUUGCGAUCAAAGUCAUCGAAAAAGCAGUGAGCACCCCAAGUGGAGGCUUGACUUCUAGCUGUAUCCUGAUCUUUGAUAGUGAAUCUUGACUUCCACAGCGAUUCAUGUCCAACGAAAAGACGAUGCUCAUGAUAGCACGUGAGGUCGAGAUUAUGAAGGGGCUGAGACAUGUCAGUCUGAUCCUCUGACAGCUUCUGCAGCACGUUUGGGCGCGGAGCUGACCCGGCUGACUUCUCGGUCAUCGUGCAAAUGCAGAAAUACUGCGUCAGAUACUACGAUCACUUUGAGGAUGAGCAUCGCAUCUGGAUCGUUCUCGAGUACGUGGACGGGGGCGACCUGCUCGAAUACGUCAUGAAGCACCCGGGCGGAUUGGGUAGGCCCUAAAAUUUUGCGCCCCUGCAAGAAAGUCUACUUCACUGAACGCAAGCAUGUUUGGACGGUACCCUUUUGGCAGGCGUCAAAGAGACGAGGGAAAUCGCCCUGAUGGUCUGCGAGGCCGUGGCGUAUCUUCAUUCGCAGGGGGUCGCCCAUCGCGAUCUCAAGCCGGAGAACCUCCUAAUGUCCAAAGGUGUCAUUCCCGUUUGCAAAGUCACCGAUUUCGGCCUAGCCAAGAUGGUCGACGAAGGCGUGAGUUAACCCGACCUUGAGUUGGCAGCUGUGAUCUGAUUGAUCUGCUUAUCUCCUGUCUGGUACUCGCAGACAAUGUUGAGGACCAUGUGCGGUACACCAACGUACCUGGCUCCCGAAGUUGUGCUCGGAAAUGACCCGGGAUCUGGCUACGGCUCGGCUGUCGACGCUUGGUCCAUUGGCGUUAUCCUCUACUCGUGCCUCACAUGCCAGACCCCAUUCGACGAUAGCGAGGCGACGCCACUGCCAGACCGCAUGAAGCAUCGAAUCGUAGACUGGAGUUGGCUCGUCGAAGAUCGGGCGAUCGACCCACUUGCUAUUGACUUUCUGUCGAAACUCCUAGUGCAGGAUCCCAAGCAACGCAUGACCGUCCGUGAGUUCUGAAACGGGUGCCGCAGAAUGUGUCAGGCUACAACUGACGGUCACCCACGUAUGCAGAGGCUGCUUUGCAACAUCCCUGGCUACGCACGGUAUCGACGCACUCGAGCCCACAGCUCGACGUGCCUCGCGACUCUACGCAACAGACGCGCAUCGAUAGCAACGGAACCUCGGUGGCUUCCUCAGCAGCGCUGGAAGAGUCUUACGCGUCCAUGGGCGUUUGCCGCAAUAUGUCCGACUCUUUUAUCGACUCGCAAGGCAUGAACAACUUGCGCAUCAACGGUACUCGAACAAGUACUCCUCAGAGACCUACCACGGCAACCGCCCAUGGCGUGGAACACGACGCUCCGCAGCUCAACGGCGACGAGGACACAACGAUUGCCCCAACCGAGAUCGGCGACCGAUCGGUUGAUUCGACCGACGCCAAUUUCGAGACGACUAUCGCGCUCAAAGUCAAUUCAAAACGCACGACCAUCGUACCUCGGGCCCCGACGUUCUUCCCGCCGUCGAUUCCUUCGAAACGAAAGGUAUUGCAAUCGGCCUGGUCUUCGUCCGAGGACGAAAAGUCCGGCGGCGGUGGCAGUAGCGUGAUGUCGAUCGACGCCCCUUCCCGAACGGAGCAUCCCAGCAAACUCCAAGGCGACAUCGCUCCCCCAUUGAUGCCCUCCUUGCAUUUGCCGGGUGUGCGGGAGCUGAACGAGGUGGAACUUGGGCACGAUGCGACGGGCGUUGCCAGUUCGGAUGCGGGAGAAGAACAUCCUGUCGAGGACGAAGCCGACGCAUCGAAUCACAAAUCGUCCACGCGUCGUACUACGCGAAGAUCCGCUCGAAGAGGGUCUGCUUCCAUUGCGACUACAACCACCGCGACCACGCCCAAUCGCAAGAGCAAGGCAGCAAAUGGCAACAGCGGCGCGCGACGUUCCGCCGGACGAGCGGCAAAUCGAGCUUCGGUCGAGCCAAGUUCUGCCGAUGCCAAUAUCGAGGGGGCUGUGACCCGCCAAAGAGCCGCCAAGAUGGCCAAAGUAGCGUAA